UGUUUAGUUGAACGAAAGCGACGUGACAGUGUACAGAGUAGUUGGUGCAUACACAACGUGAUGUUGCCUUUUCUGAUGAUGCUGUACAUGCAUUUCUGAAGAAAGAAAGUAACAGCGGUGCACAUUUCUGAGGCUGUCGCUGGCGGAGACGGGAAUGGAAACAAUACUGUGCCUUCUGGCUGCUUGUCUCCUGUGGCAGUUCCAGGGCGGACGGUGCCAGAAUAAAGCCUCAGUGCCCCUCACACCCACUAUUACAGAGCUGUACGCUGAGAGCUACUCUCGGACACUGGUGGUCAAGUGGAACAUCAGCCCUCUGGGAUUUGAGGAUGAGCUGAAUGUGACCUUUGAGAUUCAGGUUGCGAGAACAGAAGACCUCGACGUGCUUCACACUGACUGGUACAAUGUAAUGCUAAAGAAGGGCAAGGCAGUCUUUACUUGGCAGUGGGUUUCUGAGGUGCCCCUGGAGUGUGAAGAUCACUCUGUGAGAAUAAGGAGUAUAUUAAAUGAUACCUAUUCCAGCAACUGGAGCUCCUGGGUAAAGCAUCAAGGACAACACCAAGGUGAUGAACCUGAAAUAUUUCCAUAUCAGGAAGUCUUGAAGGAGGGAUCAACUGCAUAUUUCUGCUGCAUACCAAGCAAGGGAGCAUAUGUCACUACAAUGAAGUACAAUCAUAAAGAAUACCCUGUGCUUCCUAUCAGCAACAGAACUAAAGCAAUCAAAGUGGAAAAUCUCCCUCUGACAGGCAAAAAUGGAAUUUUUGUGACGUGCAACGAACAUCAUGUUGUCAUCUUUGUGAGUUUUCCGCCAGAAAAACCCCAAAAUGUAAGAUGUGAAACGAGAGACCUAGAGACAGUGAAUUGUACAUGGCACCCAGGGAAAGACAACCUGUCUCUUAGAAGGAAACAGAAGUACAGCCUUAUCACAGGGCCUUUGCCAGAAGGUGAAGUUGCGUGCUCCGGCAACUCCUACUGUGCCUUCAAGAUUGUUCCUGGGCAACAGCGGUACAACACCACAGUAAAAGUGAAAAACAGGCUGGGUGUAGAGUCUGUAAAUCUGACCGUGGACAUCACUCACAUAGUUUUUCCCAAGCCCCCAGUGAUACAGUCAACCACUUCCGGACCUAGAUCUGUGAACAUUUCUUGGACACUGGAAGGCAAUUUCUCUGCUUUUGAGCUUCUUUGUCAAGUCAUAACAAACAAUGGAGAUAUUCCAACGAAUCACACCCUAGGUGGAAAGCAUCUUGGUACUUAUGAAGUCUCAGUCGAUGGACUGCAUCCCUACACAAGGCACAAGGCGCGAGUCCGAUGUGCUGCCUCAGAGCACUUCUGGAAGUGGAGUGAAUGGAGUGAGCCUCAGGACUUCCAAACUGAAGCUGUUCGUCCUUCGGUUGCGCCUGAUCUCUGGAGGGACAUCAAAGAUGGUCAGCACGGUCGAAACGUCACUGUUCUGUGGAAGAAGUAUCCUGUCAGCUCUGAGUCCAGGGGAUCCAUUCGUAGCUACAGUAUUACCUGGGAAGUCUCAGGGAGGAAUGAACAGGAAGUGGUCAGCAGUGAGGUGACCCAGAAGGAGAUUGCCAUCAACAAAGACAACUGUACCAUAACCGUGAGGGCCAGCAACGCUGCCGGCUCUUCGCCUGUGUCUCGGCUCAUCAUCCCAGCUGCCAGUUGGAGAGAUGGAAAUCACCCUGAAGUCCAGAAAAUCCAUGGCAGUCUUGAGGGGUUUUGGAUGGAGUUGCAGCGAGACCCCCGUGUGGACUGCGGCUAUGCUGUGGAGUGGUGUGAGCUACCCGGAGCGACCCCUUGUGCUUUGGAGUGGAGAAAAAUACCUUUCAACACAACAUUUGUCCGAAUUUCAUCAGGGAAGUUCACAGCGGGACAGCGCUAUACAUUCAGAGUCUACGGAUGCUCAUCUGACACAUACUGGCUGCUGGAGAGAAAGAUGGGCUACACCUCAGAGCUGGCCCCCAGAGAGCAGCCAUCAAACCUUCAGACCUAUGUGAGCCACAGCUCUGUGACCCUGAUGUGGGACUUCUCUGAAAACAGUGACUACCAUCCGGGCUUCAUCAGAGGGUACCAGAUCCACCUACAAGACAGGGAUGCCAAUACAAGAAAGGGCCCUCAGACAGGGUCACAGGUUUUUAAUGUUACUAAUGCAAGCACAAAGGAGUAUACUAUUCCUGACCUCUUGGAGAACAGAGAAUACACCAUUACAGUGGCUGCCUUCACUGCUGCUGGGCUUGGCCCGCAGGCUGUUGUAACUGUCAUUACACCUGGAAACCAUGUGCAGUUCCUGGUCAUUCUGCUGACUUCAGUGCUGGUGUUAGUUCUGCUUGUUGUCGUGUUGUGUGUUUAUCUCUGGCCCCACAAAGAGAUGGUCAUGGAAAUAUUCCUGGAUUUCUUCAGGGUGCCCACACCAAAGGACAUCAAAGCCCUGCAGUGGGACAACACAAUCUAUGAGACUACCAAAAAACUUCAGGGCUUGACAGCACAGGAUUGCCCAUGCUGCAAAAUCGAGAUUGUCGAGACAAAACAGGAAGAGAAGCUGUUGAUGCAUCUGUCUGCCUCUGAACUUGAAAGCCCCCUCUCUUCCAGCCCCCACACGGUGUGCUCUUACUGCCUGCAGGACACUACAACUGAGCCUGCCCAGACUUCAGAGAAUACACCCGGGCAGGGGGAGCUAGUGAUUUUCAAUAACCUAACAUACCUCAUAGAAAUGCCCCAUAUGGGGGGUCAGAGCUUCCACAGUGGUCUUCGCACCAGUCAGAUACUUGGAGAAACCAGAAGCCAGAUCAAAUAUGACACUGGUGGCUACAUUUCAACGGGGGACAUACCUCAGUGAAGGUGUGCUUGAAUCACACUUUCUUCAAAACCCAGUGCUUCCGGAGAGAAAGCAGUGUUCGCAGAUGUACAUUUGCACUACUGUUUGAUUCCCAGAAUCUGUUUUCAAAACCAUUGUUUAUCUGAGGCAGCUUUGCAGAGAUCCCUUUAGGCCCAAAAACAAACUGUAUGCCCCAUUGUGUCAGCUGCGUCUGUCUAAUAAAGUCUGUCAUUUGCUCUGGCUGCUGAUUUCUGAAGUAUUGGUAACGUACUACACAGUGUGCUCCAGGCUGCAGAGAGUGUGUAAAAGACAGCCAAACAACCAGUAUGGGACAUGUGGGUAAAUUUCUACUGAGUCUCUGGUCAGCAGAAGUAACAGAGCAAACAGUGAAGUCCAUCACGUAAAAGGAACACGCUUAAACGGGCUAGCCGAAUGCAGGGACUGAAAAGGCGGGUAAUUUCACGUUUGUAACUCAACAGUACUGAAGAGAGAACUGUGAAAAUAAUGAGCUUGUCAUUUUAUUUUCACCCAGUUGAAGUAAGCGUUUCCUCUUCUUCAAGAUGUGCAGAAAUUCUUGUAAUAAACAUUAUAUAAAACAGAA